AUGUCAGGGACUUUCCUGCAAACAGUGCCCAAGAACGCAUGGGUGACCCAGGUCCCACUCAAGAUUCACAUAAUGGCUGCCUCGUGCUCAGGCCACAUGAAAAGAAUCUUACGGAUCCAAAGGCAUCGAGCUCUGCAGAUUCUGCAGAUCCGUGACUGGAACGACCCAACAGACUAUUUAUAUUACCCAGCAGUGGAUUUCAACGUCGGCAUCGAUGAUCCUCUGCUGCAUGGGCUUGAUGUGCGCACAUUGUUCGGCUCGGUUAUCCCUGACGGUUUUGCAAGCCCUGAGGAUGACUGGCAAGCGACCGUUUAG